AUGAUCUUUGCCAAAGACAACAUUACAAGUGAAGCCUGCCUUGCUGUUCAUCUGUCGAGGAUCCCGCUGUUCCACAUCGCCACUACUGUAGGACCCUGCAUCAUCCUGGUGGUACUGAUGAACAUCACAUUCAUCAUGCCCUUAGACAGGGGCGACCGGAUCGCGUUUGGAGUGACCAUUCUACUCUCCAUGGUCGUGUCUCUCGUGUUUGUGACAAACGUACUUCCUGUCAAGGGGGCAUUGCCUCUUUUCGCUACGCUGAUCAUCUUGUGGAUGGGGCUGAUGGGAUUAUUCCUCUUCUUCACUCUGGCCAUCAUCUUCAUUCACGACCGGCAGGGCAGCCUGUCUCCGCGGGCGAAGAUAAUUUUCCUCCGCUACAUUUCAAAGAUGUUGCUGCUGGGAGAUCUAACAAAGGAGAAACGUACAGGUGACGGAGAGGCUGGUUUGCCUCAGCUGUCUGACAUAGAGAUAACCAACCACGCCUUUCAAACUGAUGAUAUGGCGGCCGUCGACGAAGAAAAAAGGAGCACCGAGCAGCCAUCAACGCCUCCCACAGCUACAGGGCUGGAGACCACCGGUUCUUCCGGUCUACCUGAGCUGAUCUCGUGUGUGAAGGAGAUGACCAAGGCGGCUAACAACCAAACAAAGGAGCUGGGAGAGCUAACCAAAGCCAUGAAGAACGAGGAGGAUGUGUCUGACUACACUCUGCUGGCUAAGGUCCUGGACAGGCUCAAUCUUGUCAUGUACAUCAUCAGCAUCGUGAUUACCAUUCCUAUGACCAUGUAUUUGGGCAAGUAA